AUGGGCGACAAAAUCGGGGUCGGCUUUGCUGAAAGAGUUCAAUCCAAAUCCUACAAUGGGACGGAGCCGAGCUCCGAAGUCGCAGCAGCCUUGGACCAAAGCGGUGAAAUGAAAGCAUCUUCUGAAACAACCAAAACAAUCAGCGGUACAGAGGUUGAAAGUGCAUCCAGUGAUGACGAAUCUUCUACUAGUAGUGACGAAGAUGAAGUUGAUCGACGCCUCCAGGAAAUGGACCGUCCUGUCAUUAAAAGCAGCAACGAUGAUGACAACAGCAGGCUGCACGUCCCCAGCAACAACAACAACAAGAUGUCCUCCCCCAUCUUGUCUGACAGCGAUGACAGCGAUGACAGCGAGACAUCCUCUUUGAAGAAAGCUUCAGCAAGGAAUGCAUCACGCAAUACAUUCCGUGAUAGCGACGACGAGGACAGCCAGACAACUCCAAUCAAGAAAGCUUCAGGAAAGAAGGAAUCCCCCGAUCCAUUCCUUGAUGGCAACGACGAGGACAGCCGCGCAUCUCCAAUCAAGGAAAAUUGGAUGUAUCAAAUGGUUUAA